AUGGCUCUUGAGGCACAAGGGAAGAUUUUGCAGGGUGGUGGCUAUGCCUCUCGAGUGUUGGCUGAGACCCAGAAGACCAGCACCACUCCUGUCGGCGGGCGAGUCAUCCUUUUUGUCAACGCCAUUUCUUAUGUGCAGAGGCUUUCGUCUGUACUAUCACUGCUAUUGGAGAGUUCCAGUGCCAACAAGGUCCUUGCGCGAAUAAAGAUGUCCAACCCAGGUAACCAAGGAGCCCCGCCGGGCCUCAGUGUAGAUGUUCUUGAUCUCCACUCCAAGAUGCGGCAAAAGGACCGUUUGAAGCGCAUUGAGAGGUUCCGGAAGCUGAAGGAUGCCGUGCUUGUUUGCACUGACAUUGCUGCACGAGGACUUGAUGUGCCAGACGUCUCGGCUGUGAUUCACUUUCAGGCUCCACGCGGAUCGGAGAUUUUUGUGCACCGCAGCGGCAGGACUGCGCGAGCAGGCCGCGGAGGACAAAGUAUUGCCUUCGUGAGCCCGUCGGAUGUGACUCACUGGAAUAAGGUCUACAAGUCGAUCGGGAUUGCCAAGGAGGAAGUAGAAAAGCUCGAGCUUUUCCCAGAAGAGAUCUCAGCUGCAAAAGAGGCGUCUCGGCUGGCUGCUGAUCUUGAAAAGAAGGUCCACCAGACUGCCAAGCAAUCCAAUGAAAAUAAUUGGCUGAAGAAAGCAGCCCAAGAGGCAGAUCUCCUGCUAGAGGAAGACGAUGACACCGCUGAAAUGGGAAAGCAGAAGGCUCCUCACCGUGCCCUUUGGGGUCUCUUUCAGCAGAUGCAGGAACGUUUGCGGCGGCCACCUCGGCCUUCUGGAGCCGUGCGGCUUUCCAAGAAGCAGCGCAUGAAAGUGAUACGGCGUGGCCGGUGA